AUGGUGCGUCUCCUUGCGAAGUUAUCUCAAAGAAUGACGGAAUCGUCGACACCAGAUGUGAAUUAUCGUUUUGGUAAUGGUGUAGAAUUGCCACCUUUCCGCAAUGUGAACGAUUUCCUGCUUGGGAAGGCACGAUUUGAGCUUCCGCCCUAUAACGACUUGCCGAGAUGGAAUAAUCGCAUUGUGUCAAAUCUUCUUUAUUAUCAGACCAAUUAUCUGUUCAUUUUUGCUACGUUAGUCAUCUUGCAAAGCAUAUUCAAUUCACAGGAUCUGGCUUUGGGAUUAUGUGCUAUUGUUGUGGUUGCUGCUGUUGUGGUAUUUGCUGUUUCCGAGAAUCCAUCGUUCUACCAGACGCGUCGCGAUCAUCCACUAAUCACUCUUGGUGCCAUAAUUCUAGCCUGCUACUUUUUCAUCCAAGUUCUUCCAUCGGUUCUCACCGUUUUGUUCAGUGUGUUGUUCCCACUAUUUCUUAUACUGUGCCAUGCAUCGAUCCGUCUUCGCGACUUCAUGUCGAAGGUGACACAAACAGCUGAGAAACUCGGUCUCCGCACUACUGUUAUGGGACGUAUUUUGGAGACAUGUGGGAUUGCUGUAAAACCAUGAUAUAGACCGAUGUUUUGACCACUUGCACUCAUUGCCUUUGAAUUGCGAAGAAGAUUCAUGAGGAUCUAUAUGGUAUUGAAGCUCUAAUUGUGUUUCUUCGUUUUCUUACUUUUCUUUACUUGUACGUUCUCAAGUUUUGAUUCAAAAUCCCAUUUCAUGUUUGAGCACGAAUUGUCCUCAGAAAAUUCUGCACAUUAGGAAGUUAGAAGCAUAAAUGAUAGUUUGCACCCUGGCCAUCCAUAUUGACGUUCAAUUUUCAUUCCCCAUUUUCCAUCCUCCUUCCCGUUUUUUCUUGAAAGAAAUCAAAUAUGACAAAAAUGUUUUUUUUUGUUGUUACCGGUUGAAGUUUUGCUAAUAAAAC